CUUGGUUGCUGUUCAGUUAGAAAUUUCAUAUCACUUGUCUAUGUUAAAUAACAUUGUGUGUGUGUGUGUGUGUGUAUGUGUAUUGUAAAACAUAUGCUUGGACAUAACUAUUUCAAGUUAUUUCAGAUUGUAAAAUCGUGUUUGAAAAUCGUGAUCGUCGUGAUUGAAAGUGAAUUAUCAAAAUGGCGACAUCUGGAAUUUCUAGAAAUUCUUAUGUGGUUAAAUAUUAUUGUUGUACAAUCUGCGAAAAAGAGCGGUCUGUAGAAAUGGAUGCAGAUUUUUACUGUGAAAAAUGUCUUAAAUACUUCUGCAGAACAUGUAUAAACUCCCACAAACAGCAUGGUUGGUGGUUUUAUAAAAAAUCUCCUUAUGGAAAGGAUAAAAUAAUGAAGUGGCCACUUUCUAAGAAGAUGAAGACUUCUCUUUUAAUAUGCAUCAUACACAAGGUUGAACAGUUAACAAUGUACUGCGCGGACCACAAUCAUCUGUGCUGCUCGAGAUGUGUUGAGCUUAAUCACAGAUUUUGCAUACAAGUGACCACAUUACCUCGGGCUGCCACAAAAAAGUCAACCGACUUCAAGAACCUGUCUGUCAAAACUGAAAAUAAUAUUUCACACUUGAAACGGUUUCAGACCUAUCUGGAGGACAGAAUGGAGUCUCUAAAGGUUUCGUUCAAUGAACAUGAGAGGCUUAUUGUGGAUCGUUUGCGUGUAAAUAUAAUAUCGUAUUUACGCGAAUGUGAUACAAGAACAGUUAAUACAACACAGGAACAUAUACAAUACCCAAUCAGUGAAAUGCGUGAGGAAAUCAAAUAUUUAUUAGCAGAUUUUGAGAAAAGCACUAUUAAGGAGAAGAAAGAAGAGCUAAACCUGAAACAAGCUCCUCUCAAGGUUGUGAGAAACAGUUGCAUCAGGCUUCACUAUGAAUUGUUCCAUCUCCAUGUAGCCAUACCGAAAGUACUGGGUAAACCUGAACUCUCAUUUAUUGCCAGUAAAAGAUGUCUGGAAAAAAUACAACAGUCUGAUAUAUUUAUAAAAGAGUACUUUUCAAACAAUGUUUUCACUGUGAAUGAGAAGUCUGUGCAAAAUGUGAAAAUUCCAAGUGAUUCAGACAUAUGCUCCAUCUCAGCUAUAUGUGCUCUCCGUGAUGGGCAGGUACUGAUUGCAGACAGAGUUAAUAAGAGAGUCAAGCUGCUGAACGAGCAGUACCAGGUGGUGAGUCACUGUGGUGUGAUUGCUGAUAUAUGGGACAUGUGUCCAAUCACACCCAGUGAGGUUGCAGUGGCUGUGGAUGAUCUAGGUAACACACAUGAGGUCCAGUUAAUCACAGUCAUCCAGAGCGAGCUGGUUUCAGGAAGAAAACUUCAGUUGCAACAUAGAUGUAGAGGUAUUGCUCACCAUCAGGGAGACCUGUUUAUUGCAUCUGGUACUGCUCUGUUCAAGUACACAGUGAAUGGCCAACUAGUCGGUACACUCUAUGAAGAUCAAUCAACUGAUGAUACAGUAGACAAGUGUGCUGUGAGUCCCACAGGGGACAAGCUGUACAUUACAAGCUGGACCCAGUCCAAGCUCCUCACCCUGUCCAGGGAUGGCAAAAUCCUGGCUACAUUGACAGACACAGCACUAAACCACCCACGUGGGGUACAUGUGACCCCUGAAGGCCAGGUGCUGGUCUGUGGAUGGUUUUCCAACACUGUACUACAGGUGGACAUGGAGGGGAAGAUGAAGCUGGCAACUCUGGCUACAGAGUGGGAUGAAAUGGUGUGCCCAGAGUCAGUCUGCUACAGCAGCACUACAUCCUCCAUCAUUGUAGGUCAGUGGGAACGCAACAUCAUCAUUGUGUUCAGAGUGGAAUAGUGUGUACGUGUAUGUAUUAGUUGUAAUAUGUCAUUAGUAAUUCAAUGACAAUGUGUUGUUUAGCAUUCGAGCAUAGUAGUGUGUGAUAUUACAAUACAACAUUCAGUGUGUAGUUAAAUAUAACAAUAAUUUAUGUACACAUAUUGUUUUCUGCUUAUACAAUGUGAGGGUUUUUGUUAGAACAUUAGAUCUAAUGCAAAUUAUGUUAUGUUGUCAUAACAUUUGUGUCAUUUUGGUCCUAAAAUUUCGUUCUUGUAAACUUUGCAGGAAAAAACAAAGCAUUUAAACUCAAAAUUUAAUAUGUGUACAUAGAUGCACAUGUACAUAACAACUGAGGCUAUUUUUACACUUUCAUUUCCAUAAACACCAUGCCAUGUAAGAAAUGUAUAUGGAUGAAUACUUUUUUUUUAUAAAAUAUGAAAUUGUUUAAGUAAUCUUUGGAGAUGUAUAUAUUGAUAUUUUAUGCAAUGUUAACAGAAAGGUUACACUUGGUGUGAGAUUUAUUAAUGUGCCAUGUUUUAUGCUGUUGAACAUUUGUUAUUGAUUUUCAAUACAUUUAUAUAAAAGUGGGUGAGUCCUAAAUAUACAUACAAGAAAUACGUCAAGCUUUUCGGCUGCUCCAGUCGCUUCUGAGUCAAGACAACGAUGCUCAGGAUGUGGUGGACAAGAAUGACCUGAAUAAGCAGAAAAAAGACGCUUUUAUUGUCAGGCCUUUUCUUGGUCACUUUGGGAAAAAAUGCAAUUUUAGAAUUUUGAAUUUGUUGGUGCGAAAAGUCCAAUGAUUUCGGAAAAAAACUAAAUUAAUAUAACUCUUUCUUAUACUUCAAAUUAUAAGUAUAAAAUCAUAUUAUGAUAAUAUACAUUUUUAUGCCCCCGAAGGGGGGCAUAUAGUGAUCGGACUGCCCGUCCGUCCGUCUGUCCGUCCGUCUGUCCGUCACACAUGCGUUUAGGUUUCGAAACAUGCUCAUAACUUCUAUGUCGCUUCAGAUAGCAAUUUCAUAUUUGGCAUGCAUGUGUAUAUGAACAAGGCCUUUCCAUACGCACACAAAUGUUGACCCCUGUUGACCCUUGUGACCUUGAUCAUGAACUUAGGGUCCGCGUUUAGGUUUCGAAAUCAGCGUUUAGGUUUCGAACAAAGCUCAUAACUUCUAUCAAGCGUUUAUAGGGGGCAUAUGUCAUCAUAUGAUGACAGCUCUUGAAUUUUGAUCUAAUUGAAAUAUAAUUGAGAUAUAAUAAUCAUAAGGCAUCAUAAUGCGUGGAUUUCUCAGUUUGGACAAAUAAAUGAGGAAUUUGUGUCAGUUA